AUGGGCUGGGAUCUAGACAGAGAGGGUGACGGGAACGAACCUUUAGAGGAGGUGAAGAGGGUCAAGAAAACUAUUGAAAGCAUGGACGUCAAGCCCGUGGGGCACGGCAAGGUUUCCUUGAGUGGAGAAGAGAACGUGGUUGGGGGCAAUGACCUGAACUUCAUCAGGCAGGUGAAGAAGAGGGUGAAUGACUACAAGCACAAGACUCUCUAUAACAUCGGGAGGACAAGGAAUCCAUAUGUGUUUACGCGCAAUAGCGUGGUGAUGAUGAUAGAAGAGGAGCUGGGAGUUGAGAUCCUUGUUCGGGGAAGCUACAAGCCGGAGGAGCUGAAUGGAGACACAGACGAUUCAGAUGCACUGGUGUAUGAGAUUUCGGCUCCCACACCUGAAGUUCUCAAAGAGGCGAUGUCCAGGAUUCCGUCAAUAACCAAGGUGGCGCCUACAUUUCCAUGGAGCCCUUCUUGCAGCGUUGGAAGGCAUGUCUGGAAGAACGGGGUCAAGUACCACUCAUACAGGAUUCCUGUGGAUCCCAAGGAGGCAGAGAAAGGAAUGGAUGGGAUUCGCAGGGACAUUGAGCUAGCUGCUGCCGGGAAGUCUGUAGAAAUUGUUCUCCGGGGACGAUUUUCGGGGCACGUAGAACCAUGUCUCGGAGAAGAAUCGAACGAACCCAUGUACAUUCAGGUGAUAGGGAGAUCCAAGAAGGAGGUCAGAAAAGCAUGCAGAGAGAUCAUUGAUAAGCGCAGGGCGAAUACCUAG